CAAAAGGACCAUAGUUAUAACUAUAACUAGUCAUACACUAUUGUAUUUGACAUAAUAAUCAUGCAGUAACUAUUCCCUACGCACUGCACGCCCUGGGAUCCAGGCUCCGCGACUGUAUCAGUCAGGUCAUGUAGAGGAAAGGGUUAACUAGAGCCGAAUCAUGUCAUAUAUAGACCCCACGAUAAAAUAUUAAAGAUGGAACUGUGGGAAGGCUGAGUUGACGCUCGUCGCGCAUGGAGUCAACGAAGGGUUGAAAAUGCAGUGGACCGCCGCGGACCCGCCCCACUUGGUCGAGCGCUUUACGCAUGGCGAUCUGGUUGUUUUGGAGUCGGUGCAGAGCUCGACAGCUUAUGCGGUGCAAGAAGCACAGGCUGGCAAGCCAGCUCUCUUGUAUCUUAGCGACACGCCGGCUGAGAGGGGACUCGGGCAGGCAGCCUGGCUAGAAGUCGUGGUACAGGGCGAAUGGCUGGGACUACGCUCCCCGUUGCUAGAGGGCUUGUUCUUGCAAGUGCGCAAGAAGACGCCACACCUGGUCUUCUUCUCGGCCCGGCUGGGCGUUUGGGAGCAGUGGAAGGUCGAGGGGCUGUAUCAGGGCGUGCUACAGCGGAACAGCCCGGUGCUAUGCCUUACCUCCCGACAGCUGCCAAGCAUUGCCCUAACGGUCCGCGCCUGGCGGGUGGGAUGCAUGGGCCCCAGCCCCCUCCCGCCUGGGGCCGCCCACCAGCCUCCCGCGCUGCCGGGCAGGCCUCCCAGCUGCCCCGGCGAACCGCAGCAGCAGCAGCGGACUCGCAGCGGCUCAGGCGACCAGCGGGAGGAAGCUGCACCCUCGGCGCCACCACCACUACCCGCACCCUCAACAACAGCAGCACCUCCAGCUGGCAACAGCAGUGGCGGUGGCAGUAGCGGCAGCAAUGGCAGCGGGGGCAGUAGCGGUAUCGGAACCUUGCCGUACGCUGACUCCGUGGGGUCCCAGCUUCGCGAUGAGGCGCUGGAGCUGUCUCACAACGUGGUCAAGGGCUACGUGGCGCGCAUGGCGCUGUGGCCACUACACCUGGUGUUUCGGCUGUGGCGGGCGCAGGCGCGGCAGCAGCGGGUCAUGCGAGUGGAGGCAGCGCAGCAGGAGGAGCAGCAGCGCGCGGCUGUGGUGCAGUUGCGGGCGGUGGCAGAGCGGCAUGAACGACACAUGCUGGUGCUCGCAUGUCAGUGCUGGUCCAAGCAGCGCUCUCGUCGGCUGCGGUACGCGCUGCGCAUGUGGCACGGCAUCGCCCAGCGUUCCGCCAUGCUGGCGCGCCUGUGCAGCGUGCUGCGGCGUAAGUCCAGCUGGCGGCGGGCGGCGGCGGCGCUGGGGGAAUGGGCAAGGGUAACUCAAGAGCGCCGGGCCUUGCUGUGGCAGCUCCAGAUCCUGCGCUCACGACAGGAGGUGCGCUUGGCGCGGCUUGUGCUGCUGUGCUGGAGUGAGGCCGUCAGCCAAUUCAGGCGCGACGUCACCGCCUUCCAGCAUCUCAGGAACCAGGCGCUCCUGCGCUUAGCCUUCGGCGGCUGGCACGCCGUCACACUCCACCUUACCUCGGCUCGACAGGCCGCCUUGACCGCAGCCGACGCCGCCACCGCCACCCUCCUGCAUUCCGCCCUGCACGCUUGGAACUGGCACUGCAUGCGGCGUCGCCAGCUAGCAGGCCGGGCGAUGUUGCUAGAGGCCGCAACCGCGCGGCGCCGCCUGGCUGCUGCCUGGUGCGCCUGGCGGGGUGCAGUAGACGACGCGGCUGUACGGCACCACCGCGUCCGGCUGCUGAUCGUAUUGCGGAAGCAGCAGCUAGCCGGACGUGUCGUACGGCGCUGGGCCGCUCUGGUUUCGGAGGCGGCGGCCCGGAGCUUCGCCGCAUGCCAAAUGGCGGCGCGCCGGGAGCGACGGAUGCUGCCCUUGGCAUUCGGGGCAUGGCGGGAGAUGGCUGGCAGGGCGAGCAGGCUGUGUGACGAGGAGUGCUCCGAAGCCGCGGCAUGGCUGAUGGAGGUAUUGCGACGGCAGCUAGCAGCGGAGCACCGCAGGCUGGUGACACGGCGUGUGCUGGCGGUCUGGCGGCGCAUGGCGGCGGCCCGAGUGCAGCUGCAGCUGAACGAGGUGGCAUUCGUACGGUUGCGGAGCCAUGCGGUCGCUCGAGCCGUGCUGCGCCACUGGCGGGGCUUGGUGGAGGCCUCUGCGGCAGCGCAGCAGCAGUACCUGGGGUGCUACCGGACUGCCCUGCAGCGGAGGGUCAUGCGGGCUUGGGCCGGUGUUCUGGCUUCGCAGCGACGGCUGGACGUCGCAGCGGUGAUUGCGGACCGCCGACUGCGCUUCCGGAAACUGCAUGGCGUUAUGGGUGCAUGGAGGCGUCUCACAACUCAGGCGCAGCAGCUGUGGGGCCGUGUCGUACAAGGUCACGGUCAGGCGCUGGCGCGACGCGUGCUGGACGGUUGGCGACGUCGCUGCACUGCCGUACACUCUGCCCAGGCCAUUCUCACUCGCAUCCAGCGGAGCUGCCAGUUGCAGCUGCUUAGCGGCGCGCUGCGAGGACUGGGCUGCCAUGCGGUGUUGCAACUGAAUGUACGGCGGUUUACUCGGCAGCACCGGGAAGCUCGUGUACGGCAUCUGUUGCGAUCCUGGCGAUUGGUAGCUAGGGAGCUGUCGAGGCUGCGGAUCAUCGGCCGCAUGUUGCAGAACCGCUGGCGGCGCUGCGUAGCCCGUGGCGUGCUGCGUUGCUGGCUACUGGCCACCCAUGCCGCCAGCUUACAAGUCCACAUGCUAAAUGGCAUCCGAGCGGCCAACUGGGGGCACUGUGAUUCUGGCAGCGUAACCGCUCCGCAGGGCUCAGGCUCACUGACCGCAACCCACGCCUACAACACGCCUAGAGAGCCCGCAAUCGCGCAGGCCUCCCCUCGUUACAGCGCCGCAGGAUCACGGCUUGGACCGGCACCGGCACCUUACCCCGUCCCUGCACUCGCACUGCCCGCGUCAUGCCUGGGUAGUCAGCUGGCCGGCGCCAUGCGGCCCCUGCUGGCACUGCUGGCCGGCGUCACCGCACCCGGCGGGGGCAGCGCAGCGGCCAUCGCAUCCGCCUCGGAGCUCCUGCUCUCGCGGGUGCCGAGUCUUGCACGGCUAGCCACCCGCCCGAAGCGCCAGGCGGCUGCUGUCCUGCGGGCUUGGCGCCGCAUCACCGCCCGUAAGACCCGGCUACGGCUUGCAGCCGUGCAGCUGCGGGAGCGAUGCGAACGGGCGCUGCUGAGCCGCUGCAUCCGUACAUGGAGCGCUGCCGUACAGGACAUAAGGAGCCGGCGGGGAGGCGCCAUGGCUAUGGCAACUCGUGCGUUACGGAGGCUGGAGGUGGCUUGCUUGGCUGCAUGGCGACGGCAGGCCAAGUACCGAGCGCGUUUGCGGCGUACGAGUUUGCUGCUGCUUGCGCGGCGCACGUCGCGGCUGCAGCGGGCGGUGUUGUCGGCUUGGCAGCGGGCGGUGGCAGCCACGAGGGCGACGGUGCAGGAGGCGAGGAGCAGGAAGCUGGAUGCGAGGUUGCGGGUGCUGGAGCGGGCGGUGCGGUCGUGGAGGUUGGCGGUGGAGACGGCGGCGGAGGCGCGGGAGGUGGCGGAGAAGCGCCACGCGGCGACCUGGACGGGCGUCAAGCGGCAAGUGCUCGCCAGCUGGCGCCAGGCCGCCACCUUCUCGCAGUACCACCUGGAGACCUGCAUCCGGCUGCUGCAGGCGCACACCGGCCGCCGCCUGCUGCGCCUGGUGCUGGCCGCAUGGGCCGACUUUGCGCAGCAGGAGCGGCAGCGGCGGGAGGACUGGCCCGAGCUCUGCAGGGUGUUCUACGCAUGGCGCACGAUGGUCCAGCCGGCGGGCAGGGCGGCUGCGGCGGCGGAGGCUAAGCUGGAGGAGCUGGGGCUUGAUCCCGUUAGGCCGGCUCGGGCGCCAACCGCACAUCCUUCUCCGCUGAAGCCCGCGCAUCAGGGUGCCGCCACUACCACCGCAGUACUGGACGCGGCUGCCGCCAGGGCUGUCGUGUCGCGUCCUUCUGACGCGCAGGAUGUUUCCGUGGCGACGCAGACGGCUGCGGGAUCAGCCCAGGCGUCCACACAAACGUCCUCGGCGGCAUCAGCCUCCACGCAGACCAGCUGCGCAACAGCCGUAGCCACCCAGACCUGCACCGAGGCGCAGACGGGCACCCAGACGGCGGUGCCGGAGGAGCUGCAGGCGGCCCCCGCGUCGCUCGCGGUCCCCCAUGCGGCUGCAGCCGUAGCAGCGCCGGUACCCGCAGCCGCCACGAUCGGAACCCAGACGUCGGUUCCAGCGCCGCAGGUCGGCUCCAACCUCAGCGGCAUCUCCGCGCCUCAUUCCGCCGCCUUUUCCGAAGCGACAAUAGCAGCAGCCGCAGCAGCCGCCCCAGCACCCCCCAUAGCUACCACAUUGCACCCGCCUUCGGCCCCGUCGCCGCCGCCAGCACCCGCACCAGCACCGUCUCCCGUCGCCCUUCACAGCCGAGGCACCACCACCACCGCUGCACCCACCAGCAUCUCCGAGGGCACCUCCUCCGCCUCCUCCUCCUCCGGCGGCCCCUCCUCCGCCUCCUCCUCCUCCAUGGAAGAGCUGCUCAUGCCUCUGCACAGCAGCUCUAGCGGCUCGGGACUGGGCGCAGCAGCAGCAGCAGCCGCUGGCCUGGGUCUGGGUCUAGGAUUCCCUUGCGGUGGCGGCCAGGACCUCCCGCAGCAAAACGCACUGGGCCCCGCCGCGGGCGGCAUGGGCGGCAUGGCGCACAUGCAAAACAUGUGGCAGUACCUGCAUGGCUACUUGCAGGCCGGCGGCGGCGCGGGUUUGCCGCUGGGAGCGGGGGGCUUUGGGCCGCUGGUGGGCCCCAUCCUGGCGCCUGCGCCGGGGAUUGAUUCCGAUGCGCUACAGGACCGGCUUGCGAGGAUCGAGGAUGCGGUCAAGCAGCAAAAGGAACGUGAGGAGAAGGAUAAGGCUGCUGCUGCGUCCGCAGCAGCAGCAGCCGUUGGGGCGGCUGUCCCUGUCCCCGGCGUGCCCCCGCCUCGGCCGGCGCAGCUGGGUCGCUCUCUUUCCACCAUGGCAAUGACUGCCAGUUGCCGCCCGGAGCCCGGUCCCAUGUACCAGAUAAAGCAGGGCAACACCACGAGCGUGGGACGCGCCAGCACCCCGGGCCAAAGCGAGCUGGCAGCAGGGGAAUCCACCCGGAGCAAUGCCUCCGUACAGCAUCAUGCAGCAGCACAGCCGGCCACAGCGACACUGCCGACGCAACCGGUAACACCAGGACCGCAGACACCCGCAGCCCCGCAGCCGGCGGCAGCUGCUGCGUCCUCGUUGCCGGUUGCAGCGGUUACGAUGGCGUCCCCUGUUGUCGUACAGCCUGCACAGCCACAGCCUGCACCCUAUCCCACAUCACCACCACCACCGCCGCCUCCGCCGCCGCAGACCAUUCAAAUCGUGGUCAGCAGCCCCUUCCUGGCGCCUCCCUCCUCCAUGGUCUCUCACUCCAGCGGCUCCCAGGACGGCGCCGUGAGGCCCUGGUCCUCCUCUUCCACCUCAUCCUCAGCAGGCCAAAGGAUAACCGCGGAGUCUCUACCCGCCUGGUCUCGCCGCACGACUGCGGAGCUUGCCGGUAGCAGCGCUGGUUGGGGGCCGGGGGCGGUUGAGGCUGGCGGGCUGCAGCAGCAGCAGCUGCAGCCCAGUAGCCAGCCGGUGCCGGCCUCACAGUCGAUGGCUUCUCCGGCGGCAUUCCAAGUGGCGGCGGCGUACCCUCCGCUUCCAAGCACCAGCCCAAGCGGAAGCGGGCAGCACCACUACCACCACCACCACCACCAGCAGCCUGCGGUGGCCUCAGCAGCCCAGCAGCAGCCCUCCUGGGAUGCCUCCUCUUUCUCCUCCUCACCAGCUGCUGCUGCUGCUGCUGUUAUUGCAGUCCCAGCCGCCGCCGCCGCCUCGCAGCAAUCGACACCACCACCGCCGCUGCCGCCAGCUCACCCACCGCACCUGCCACCACAACCACAGCUGCAGCUGCUGGCACCACCCCUGCGGCAGAUGUCCCGCGGUAGCAGCUUCAGCCAAGACGGCCGCGGCCCGCUGCCCCUCACUCCCGUCGUCUCUCAAUCCGGCCAGGCAGAGUCCUCGGAUGGCUCCUCCUCCUCGGGUGGUGCCAGCAGCAGCAGCCGCAGCGCCUCCUCAGCAGGGGAUGACACGACGUCGCUUCCGCCGUACGGGCGCUUCCAGCUGGCUCCGCACCCGCCUCAGCGGCCCAUGCGUCCGGACGGUGCGGCGGCCACCCAGCAGCAGCAGCUGCAGCCUGACGUGCCGCCCAGGGUGCUGCCACCGACCCCGCAACCGCAGCAGCAGCAGCAAGGUUACCAGCACCCUCACUUGUCGCUCGUGCCUCAACCAGAGACAGCAGCACUCUCAUCGGAGCAGCCUGCGGCCCCCCCUGUCGCAGCCCUAGGGCCCGGUCAAGUACCGUCACCGCAGCAGCCGCAGCAGCAGCACCAAACUUUGCUACAGCAGGCGCCACCGCCAAACCCAACCACCAUCCCCGGAGGAUCCAUGUACCCAUCAAACCCCAUGCCCGUCGGUAUGCCUGCCUCGCAAACCACACCGGCGCAGCCCGUUGACCGGUCGCCCGCCGCGGCCACGCCGCUUGUCGCUGUUCCGGGCAACAAUCUACCGGUAGCACAGGAGCGCUGUUACGUGGCCCCUAAUGCUGUGGCAGCAGCGCCGACGCAUACGGCACCCAUGCGGCAAGAGCCCUUGUCGCCCUCGCUGGCAGCAGCGUGGCAGCAUCCGGUUGCCCAACAGCCGCAGCCCGCGGCUCAGUCGCCGCCGACUACGACGGAGCAGCUCCUCUUGCAACAGCUGCAGGAGCAGAAGUACAUGCAACAACAGCAACUCCUGCAGCAGCUGCAGCAGCACCAGCUUCUGCAGCAACAACAGCUACAGCUGCUGUCACUGCAACAGCACCAGUGGAAGCAGGAGCAGCAACUACAGCAGCAACAACAACAGCAUCAGAGGGAGCAGACCAGCCAAGCGGGUGCUGUACAGCAGCAGCAACCAGGCCCCAACAGCUCCUCCUCACCCCGCUGGGAGGGUGGUCAGUCCCCGCGCGCUCAGUCCCUGGCGCAACACUUGGUGGUGGAUGGCAGGAUUGUGCUGGUCUCGGAGCCCCAGUCGCCGCAGCAGCAACAGCAGCAGCAACAGCAGCAGCAACAGCAGCAGCAACAGCAGCAGCAACAGCAGCCGCUGCAGCGACAACAGCAGCAGCCUCAGGCGCAACCACAAGCAGCAGCCGUUUCAAUUUCGGUCCAGACGAGCUUACCCAUUGAUGCUGCUGCCACCGCUGCCGCUGUGUCGCUUCCGGGCUGCAGCUGCAGCAGCAGCGGAGACUCUGCGCCCGCAUCCGGACUCACGCAGCCAGUGGCAGGGUCCGAGUCAGGGCCCGUGCACCAGCAGCAGCAACAGCAGCCCGCGCCCGUCCCUCCCAUACAACUGCCGCUACCUCAGCCGCAGGCGCCGCAUGUCCCAGUGAGCCACCCGGCAGCCGGACUUGAGCCCCAGCACCACCAGCAACCCCCAGCAGCACUAGCAGCAGCAGCGACCCUAGCAACAACUCCCUCCUGCUGCUCCACGGCUUGCUCCUCCGCACGCGAAGGCAGUCCGACCGGCGCGCCAGCCCCCGCACGCGCCCCCACACCCUCCCCCGCCCUCGUCGCAGACCACCUGUUGGACCCCUGCUCCGCCCGAUCUGCCCCAUCAGACCACCUAACCACCCCGCGUCCUGCCGCCCAUGCGCCUCCCCGCGCCACAACCGUGCCACGUGCCGUACCUGCUGCAACCACGCUGACCAGGGCCGCCCUGGCCGGUGCGGUGUGUGACGCCAGCACCGCUAGCGCAGCUGCCAGCCAAAGAAGCCACGGUCGCUCCUCAGCUCCUCUGGCGCCCAGCAUGGCUUCCAGCCUGUCCUCCCUGGCGCCUGUAACCCCGGAACUGGAAGACAUGGACGCAGUGCUUGGGGAGCUGGAGGCGCGCUCGAGGUCGGCCAUGUCCUCCAUGUCUUCGCCGCGACGUAUCCUGCUGGCUGCGGCGAGUGGCGGUGGGGGACAGCAUGCGCGUGCGUACGCCGCAGCCGCGAGCUUAGCUGCAAGCAGCGACGCUGGCUGCAGCAGCAACGGAGAUGUCGCAGCGGGGAUAUGGCAUGCGGCGGCAGCAGCCGCGUGCGGUGGUGGUGGUGCUGGUGGUGGUUGUGGCAAUGCUGCUGGAACAGCAGCGGCAGCAGCAGCAGCAGGCACGGCAGUAACAACAGGGCGUGGUGAUAGUAACAAGGGGCUGCAGAGCUUGGAUGAGAUCGACAGCCUGCAUGUUCGUGCCACCACGAUAACGCCCCUUAUGGGCUUCCGAUCGGGCUUGGGUUCCUCCUGCUGCAUGACAGCAUCGGGGGAGCAGCUCCCGAGCGGUGCAGCCGGCAGUGAGGGGGACCCCAUGGACGCCGCGUUACGUCGGCUGGAGGCGGCCAGCCUGCGGUCGGAUGCGACGUUGGGUGCAGCAGCUGCAGCCAUGUGGUCGGCAAGGUCAGGCGAGACGGAUGCAGCGGCCUCAUGGCAGGCAGGCAGCGAUGUGGGGCUCGACAACUACAGUGAGGCUGCAGCCGAGGAGGAUGCACCCGCCACCGCUGCAGCAGCAGCAGCGGAACAGCCCCCACAGCACAUUGGCAGGAGCGCAGCGUCAGGACGGGGACGGGAGCAGCAGCAGCGCAGUAGCUCCCACCAUGCCCCCUCACGGCACCACCACCUGCAUGGAGCAGCAGCGGGCGCAGGCAGCCGUGUGGCGGCGAUUCACGGCAUGGGCCAGGGCGGCAAUCCCACCUCAGCAGCGGACCUGCUGUCCACCUUCCUGCCGGGUGCGGUGGAGUUGGCCGGACGUCAGGCGCAUGCCAGGCCGCCGCCACCACCGUCGUCCUCAUCCUCACAAGAACGGGAAUCCCUACGGUCAUGGACUACGGCCGGGCGGGCGGUACCAGCCGUACAGGAUGUGGGUGGUGGGAGGGGCCCGCCGGGCUUCAGUCCAGCGUCCGCAGCGCCCCUGGAGCAGCAGCAGCAGCACCCGCUGCGGUCCCCGGCCAGGUCGCAGCAGGCUCAGGGCUCGCUGUCCGAAAGGGGCACGGGUCCGGUGGGCGGGCGUCUGGGCGGAGGCGCUACGCGGCAGGCGGUGCGUUGGAAUGCAAGCUGCGGCAGCGGCUGUGCGGUGGUCAGCGAUGGUGGAUACCGCGGCCCCGGUGGUGGUGGCUCCAUGCCCUCGCAGUUGCAGCACCAACCGGAUCGAUUAGCGCCUGCAGGGCAACACCAGCAGCAGCAGCCUAUGCAAAGCCCACAGCAGCAGCGGCACUGGCCGCGCAUGAAUGCAGCAACAGACCCGCUGGAGGAUCUGGCGCGGAUCGCUCACCGACGUGGCAACUCGCAGCUGGCAGCCACGUUGGCGGAGCUGGCGCAGCAGCUGCCGAUCGAUCGGACGCGGCUUCCGGAGACGACAUGCCGGAGGCUGGCGGCGGAUGCAGCAUGCCGCCAUGCCCACGAGGGUGGCGUCCCGAUGCUGUCACGCGGCGAGCGGCCUCAUGCCGGUGGUUGUGAGCAGCUGCCCUCUGCCCGACAUGCGGUGGUGGUGGAGGAGGAGCAGCAUGCGCAGACAGCGGCUGCACGGCCGCCUGCUCCUUCCCAAGAGUCCGCUACCCAACCAGCAGCACGAGUGGCUGCCAGCGGUGUCGCACCGCCGACUCAGACCCUGAAGGGCAUGCAUGACAACGGUGUGCCAGUUACCCACACGAUUGCUACUCGGGCCAAAGCAGCAGCAGCAGCACCAACAAAGCCAACCGCAGGGCGUUCCGCCGGCUGUCCUACCGCGCCACGGGUGGCGCAGCCGUCUGGCGGCCCAUGCCAUGUCAAGGUAUCAGUUGCAGUACCCGCAGCAGCAGCAGCCGCUGCAGGGCCGGCUGGCGCCUCGUCCUCGGCCGUACCGCCUCGCUACGGCCACCUCGCCAGCGGCGGCAACGCCGCCCUGCGCGGUCUCUGUCAGUCGCUCCUCUCCCUCUCCUCUGAGUCCAUGUCAAGCCACGAGAGCGGCCCCACCAGCCUCUUCACCAGCACCAGCUACGCCAGCAGCGGCAGUGACAACUCAUCCAGCAACACCUCCUCCGAUGGCUGCGGCCCCGACCCGCUGCAUGUGCCGCUGUGCCGCGUGCUGGGGGAGUGCAGGCGGCUGCAGGCGGCGGCGGUGCGGCUGGAGGCGGAG